CCGGCCCCUCCGAUCUCCCCUCGCCCGUCCUCGCACUUGGUAGCGCCCGCCUCGUCAGCAGCAGCGCUCGCCGGUCUCGCCCCAGCUCGCUCUAGCCCGCGGCGGAUUGAGCCGCGUUGCCGCGUCCGUUCCGCUGCCCCUUUGAGAAACCUCAAAAGAGCGUCCAUUCGCCUGGGCCUUCCCUAGCCUCCGCUCCUCCGCUCCUCCUCCGACGCGGCGGUGCUGCCCGGCAUGUAUCAGAGCCCGCGGCGGCUCUGCUCGGCCCUGUUGACGAGGGACGCGCCCGGCCUGCGCCGACGCUCGCCAGCCCCCGGCCUGCGCCGACUAUCGCCCGCGCCGACUGCUGCCCCCCGGCCCGCGUCCCCCAGGCUGUUGGCGGCGGCGCCCGCGGCCUUGAGCGCCGCGUGGACGCAAUCGCGGACAGUGCCUUCCAUGGGAAACGGUACGAGCAGACUCUACAGCGCUCUUGCCAAGACCCUGAACAGUAGCGCCGCUUCUCAGCACCCAGAGUACUUGGUGUCACCUGACCCAGAACAUCUGGAGCCCAUUGAUCCUAAAGAGCUUCUCGAGGAAUGCAGGGCAGUCCUGCACACUCGGCCUCCCCGCUUCCAGAGGGACUUUGUGGAUCUCAGGGCAGAUUGCCCCAGCAGCCAUCCAUCCAUUCGGGUCAUGCAGUGGAACAUUCUCGCCCAAGCACUUGGAGAAGGCAAAGACAACUUCGUGCAGUGCCCUGUGGAAGCACUCAGGUGGGAAGAACGGAAAUGCCUCAUCCUGGAAGAAAUCCUGGCCUACCAGCCCGACAUCCUGUGCCUACAGGAAGUGGACCACUACUUCGACACUUUCCAGCCGCUGCUCGGUAGGCUGGGCUACCAGGGCACCUUCUUCCCCAAGCCCUGGUCACCAUGUCUAGAUGUGGAGCACAACAAUGGGCCGGACGGCUGCGCCUUGUUUUUCCUCCAAAACCGAUUCAAGCUGGUCAACAGUGCCAACAUUCGGCUGACGGCCAUGACGCUGAAAACCAACCAGGUGGCCAUCGCCCAGACUCUGGAGUGCAAGGAAUCCGGGCGCCAGUUCUGCAUUGCCGUCACCCACUUGAAAGCGCGCACCGGCUGGGAGCGGUUUCGAUCUGCCCAGGGCUGUGACCUUCUCCAGAACCUGCAGAGCAUCACGCAGGGAGCCAAGAUUCCUCUCAUUGUCUGCGGAGAUUUCAACGCAGAGCCCACUGAAGAGGUCUACAGACACUUUGCCUCCUCCAGCCUCAACCUGAACAGUGCCUACAAGCUGCUGAGUGCGGACGGGCAGUCGGAGCCGCCCUACACCACCUGGAAGAUCCGGACCUCGGGGGAGUGCAGGCACACCCUGGACUACAUAUGGUACUCCCAGCACGCGCUCAGUGUGCGCUCAGCGCUGGACCUGCUCACUGAGGAACAGAUCGGGCCCAACCGGCUCCCGUCCUUCAAUUACCCUUCAGAUCAUCUCUCUCUGGUGUGUGACUUCAGCUUUAAUGAGGAACCUGCUAAACUUUUAUAAAAGUGUCUGUGUGUUUUUAAUCACAAGAGUCUUAACCCAGGGAGGUUUCAGGCAACUGAAAGAUGGGAUAAGUAGUUGCCCAAGGAGAGUCUAGGCUUUAUCACUUCACUUUCCAUGUUUCCAGCAUGCCCUUAGACAAGGCUCCUGAUUCAUAAACCUUUUCCAUGAAAACCUGCCAUGAGGGGGCUGGGGAUUUAGCUCAGCGGCAUAAGCGCCUGCCUUGCAAGCAGGCAGCCGUGAGUUCGAUCCCUGGUACCGGUAAAAAGGAAAAAGACAAAAAAAAAAAAAAAAAAGAAAACCUGCCAUGAGGUGGUAUUCCCGCUCCACUUGGGGCUGUGCUGUUUUCUUUCUCUUUACAUUUUCAGUCAUUUACGGGCAUUCAGUUAGGGUUAUUUUGAAGCUUUUUCCUGUUUGAGGCUGCUGACUUACUGGAUGGAGUCCUCUGUAAUUAACAUAAAUAUGUGGGGACAGUUUCUCUAGACAGCAUUUCAAGUUAUUUAUUUGUAGGUUUGUAAAUGUCAAUAGGAUAUGCAUGGCAGUAUUUAUUUUUUUUAUACUAAACUUUAUGUAAAGUUAAGUAAAUUAUAGCAUUGUGAACAUUUUAGGACCAUGAAAAAAAACACAAGUUAUAGAAAGGGUAACAUUUCUCACCUGGUGUUCUAGCGCAUGUGUGUAAGGAACUGCUCAGCCUGGAGGGCUUUGUUAGUCCAUGUAACAUCAGGUGUAUGACAGUCUUCAUGAAGAACCUGGCAGCACCUCCGUGUCCCUGUGAUUGUUUCCUGAAGGAUUCCAGUUAGUGUCCAAUUAAAAGAGUAUUUGCUUUACUUAAUCAGUGCUUUGUAUUUGUACUCUGACCAGAACAUGGUUAGUGCUCAUGUGAGGGCCACUUGGUGUCACCAGGACAUGCAGUGGCCCAUGGUUUUUACAGUAGGUUAUUUAGGAGUUUUUAUGUGGCAGUGGCCGAGAAAGUCAGUGGGACUUUCUCAGAGAUGGCAAACUUGCUAGAAAGCAUGUAAAUGGGCCACCAUUGAAACUGUCCAGAACAACCAAAUGACUGUCUCACAACUAGGGAGAUGAAAAGUUACGAAGAUCCCUGAGUUUCUCUUAAAUAAAAGUGGUAAGAGAUAAACUGAUAACUAUUUUAACAUGGAUUGUAAACAUUUAAGAUUAAUAAAUGGUCUUUUAAAAAGCUAA